AAUAAUUAUACCUGGGGUCGGAUCGGAAACCAUAAUAUUAUUAUUAUAUUAUUAAUUGCUGGCAAAAUCGGUACCGUAUCCGCAACAACGACCGCAAUAAAUAUAAUAAAUUUUUUUCCACACCUUCGUUUCGGCCUAAUAAUCGGCAUCGGUACCGAAAUCCCUAAAUUGGCGGAUAAUAUUAAUAUCCGUUUUGGCGACGUUAUCGUUAACUAG